GAGAACGCAUAAUCACCUUAUAGAAAAAGGCCGUAUUGUUUACGGUAACGGCUUUCCUAGUGUCAAUAAAAACACCAAUGGAUGAAAAAUACAGACAAUUCACAACAGAACAACAACAUGGCUUGUCUUAAUGCAAAACUACUCUUCUCUUUCCUCCUCGUCUUCUUCCCCACCUUCACGGUUUCCACCUUGUUGUUCCAGGGUUUCAAGUGGGAAUCAUGGAUGAAAGAAGGAGGAUUCUACAACUCUCUUCACAACUCCAUCGACGACCUUAGCAACUCUGGAAUCACUCAUGUCUGGCUUCCUCCUCCUUCUCAAUCCGUUUCUCCUGAAGGGUACUUACCUGGUAAGCUAUACGAUCUAAACAGCUCCAAGUACGGUUCGGAGACGGAACUGAAGUCUCUGAUCGCAGCACUGAAACAGAAAGGGAUCAAAGCUGUGGCUGAUAUUGUGAUCAACCACAGAACGGCUGAGAGGAAAGACGAUCACUGUGGGUACUGUUAUUUCGAAGGCGGGACUUCCGAUGAUCGUUUAGAUUGGGAUCCUUCCUUCAUCUGUCGUGGCGAUACUAACUACGCGGGUACUGGAAACCCUGACACCGGGGAAGAUUAUAAGCCGGCCCCGGACAUCGACCACCUUAACCCCAGGGUUCAGAAAGAGCUGUCGGAAUGGAUGAACUGGCUCAAGUCCGAGAUCGGAUUCAGUGGUUGGAGAUUCGAUUUUGUUAGAGGCUAUGCAGCUUCCGUCACCAAAUCAUACGUUCAGAAUACUUCACCCGAUUUUGCGGUUGGUGAGAAAUGGGACGAUAUGAAGUACGGAGGAGAUGGUAAACUGGAGUAUGAUCAGGAGGAGCAUCGCUCGGGUCUUAAACACUGGAUCGAGGAAGGUGGUGGUGGUGUACUAACAGCUUUUGAUUUCACGACCAAAGGGAUCUUACAGUCUGCAGUAGGAGGUGAGCUUUGGAGGCUAAAAGACUCUCAGGGAAAGCCACCCGGUCUUAUCGGAAUCAUGCCCGGAAACGCAGUGACGUUCGUAGAUAACCACGACACUAUCAGACCAAACUCGUGGGCUUUUCCUUCAGAUAAAGUCUUGCUUGGAUACGUUUAUAUUCUUACUCACCCUGGCACCCCUUGCAUCUUUUAUAGUCAUUACAUCGAAUGGGGUCUAAAAGAUAGUAUCUCGAAGUUGGUGGCGAUCAGGAAUAGAAAUGGUAUUGGUAGUACAAGCUCUGUUAUGAUCAAAGCGGCCGAGGCGGAGCUCUACUUGGCUAUGAUUGAUGAAAAGGUUAUCAUGAAGAUUGGGCCAAAACUGGAUAUAGGAACUCUCGUUCCUCCAAAUUUUGUUUUAGCUUAUUCAGGUCUUGAUUUUGCUGUAUGGGAGAAGAAGUGACACAAUUGCUCGAUUUCUCCAUAAGUAAAAAAGAGAGUAAUCAAUGUAUGUUUUUCCUUAAAAGAAAAAAGGAUAGUGGUACUAAGAUAUAUAGUUUAAUGAAAUAAAUGACGAAUAAACUCCCUAAAUAAAAUAACCAGAGUUUCUAA